AUGGCAGUGUUUUCGGAAUUACAAUCAGAGAUUGAAGGCUACGGCUACGGUUACAAAACAUCUUUUCAUAGUGUGUUAGGGCUAAACUGACAUUUUUAUUUGUAUAUCGGUCGUAUGGGGUCUUUUUGUAAUAUGUUUUUUGGUGUAAUAUUGCGCUAAUAAUACUAUAGUAAGUUGAAAUUUGGUCAAAUAAGACAAUGAAGCGGUUGCGCAGGCUGCGGGUGACAAGUGAUACGAUUAAAUUAACAAAGGUCCAGGGCUAGCGCUAGGGCUCUGGGCUAGGACUAGGAUUAAGCCUAGGACCAGGGCCAGGACCAGGACCAGGACCAGGACCAGGACCAGGACCAGGACCAGGACCAGGACCAGGACCAGGACCAGGACCAGGACCAGGACCAGGACCAGGACCAGGACCAGGACCAGGACCAGGACCAGGACCAGGACUAGGACCAGAACCAGAACCAGGACCAGGACCAGGACCACAACUUUAA